CGCUCAACAUCGGCAAGAUGAUCCGCCAAGCGUUGCUGCUGCUGUGUGCUUUGGCUCUUACGUCGGCCGACGCACCCCCCUCCCCAUCCUACGGACCCCCUCCCACGUACGGGCCCCCUCCCCCCACGUACGGGCCACCACCCAAGCCCACCCCAUGCUACCCCGUAACCACUACGCUUUAUUCUACUCAUAUUCAGCAGGUCCCUGUCUACCAAACUCAGUACAAGACCCAGAUUGUACCAACCACACUGUAUCAAACGCAGUACCAGACGCAGUACCAGACGGUGUACAAGACCCAACAUGUGCCAAAUUAUAUCACCACCACCCUGUACCAAACUCAGUAUGUCACCACGACGGCUUACGUCACCCAGUACAAGACCCAAUACCAGCCUCGGUAUAUAACAACAACACAAUACCAGCCCCAAUACAUCACGACGACACAGUACCAGCCUAAGUACAUCACAACAACCCAGUACCAACCUCAGUACAUCACAACGACGCUGUACGUCACCAAGUACCAGACUCAGUACCAAACCCAGUAUGUCACAACAACUCAGUACCAACCUCAGUACAUCACGACAACACAAUACCAACCCCAGUACGUUACCACAACCCAAUACCAACCUCAGUACAUCACGACAACACAGUACCGCCCACAGUACGUUACAACAACUCAAUAUCAGCCUCACUACAUCACUACUACGAACUACGUCACCCAGUACCAGACUCAGUACCAGCCCCAAUACGUCACCAAGACCGUCUGCCCCAAGAUGGGAUAUGGUUACUAAUACGGUUGAUGGAAGUCAACUGAUAAUCAAUCAGGAGAACUUAUUGUUUGUUAUCAGUUUCUCUUUCCUUUUUCAUUCCGAACUGCGAUGUCUGCGAUCCUCAGCGUAAAGAAGAAAGUCUUUUUUUUCACCAGCUUCCAGUCCUCUGUAAAAUGAGAAUCGUCAAACUCCUUCAGCUUUGUCUUUUGCGAAAUCAUUAACUAAUAUUCUACGCAUGAUAAUUCAUAAGGAUAAAGUGUUUCAGUUUAUCAUCUGUUUUGAAUCAGGAAAAGGGUAUAAUGUGGUAAAGCCUACUGUAUAUAACAUUUGUCCCAAACUCCACAGAAAUUAAAUUAUAUUUCGUAA